AUGGGGGUUAUGGAGAUUGGAAACCGCACCGUUGUGACAGAGUUCAUCCUUUUGGGGUUAACAAAGGACCCUACACUUUGUGUCAUCUUCUUUGUGCUAUUUCUGGGAAUCUAUGCAGUUACCUUAAUGGGCAAUAUCAGCAUAAUCACCUUAAUAAGAAGCUGUUCCCAGCUCCAUACUCCUAUGUACCUGCUCCUCAGCCAUUUGGCUUUUGUGGACAUCUGCUUAUCCACAUCAGUCACACCUAUAAUGCUGAUUGGAUUUCUUACACAAGAACUGGUCCUUCCUGUCCCUGGCUGUGAAGCCCAGCUCUAUUCUGUAGUCUUGUUCGGCGCUGCUGAGUGCUUCCUGCUCGGGGCCAUGGCCUAUGAUCGCUACGUGGCCAUCUGCUCACCCCUGCUCUACUCUACACACAUGUCGCCCAGAGUCUGCAUCCUCUUCGUGGGGGCUUCCUAUCUGGGUGGCUGUGUAAAUGGUUGGAUAUUUAUUAGCUGUUUAUUGAAUCUUUCCUUUUGUGGACCAAAUCAGAUAAAUCACUUUUUCUGUGAUUUCUCUCCUUGGUUGAAACUGUCCUGCUCUGAUAUCUCUGUGUUUGGAGUGAUUCCUUCCAUCUCUUCUGGAUCUAUCAUUGAGGUCACAGUGAUUCUCAUCGCUUUCUCUUACAUCUCCAUCCUCACCACCAUCCUGAAGAUGCGCUCCACUGAGGGGCGCCACAAGGCCUUCUCUACCUGCACCUCUCACCUCACCGCAGUCACUCUGUACUAUGGGACCAUUACAUUCAUUUAUGUGAUGCCCAAGUCUAUCUACUCAACUGACCAGAACAAGGUGGUGUCUGUGUUCUACACAGUGGUCAUCCCCAUGUUGAACCCCCUCAUCUACAGUCUCAGGAAUAAAGAUGUAAAGGAGGCUUUGAGAAAGGCAACUAUCAGACUUUAUACCUAG